AUGGCCUCCGAGAUCGAUAUCUUCAAUGAGUAUCCGCUAUACAUGGAUCCCAGCACCAAAUCCAUCUCUCUCCUCCCAUCUUCUUCUCAAACCGCAUCUCAAAAGGCAGCCAUCUCCGCCGAACUGGAAGAACUCAAUGAACUUCACCGCUCCCUGAUCAGCCUUGACCCCCCCAACAUUCCUCCCCCUCCUCUUCCUGUCAACCCCAAGCGCAGUGCGCAGAUCACCAAGCUCCGUGACUCGGGCAACGCCGCGUAUCGCAAGUCCAAUUACGCCGAGGCUAUUCGUCUCUACACAUACGCGAUUGAUAUGGCCAUCUCUCGACCGGGCUGGGAGCCCGUCACGCUGGCGCGAGAAGAGCUGGCCAGUCUGUAUGGUAAUCGUGCGCAGGCGCAUCUGGGUAUGCAGGCGUGGCCAGAGGGGCUGUGCGAUGCCAAGGCUAGCGUGGACUCAAAGCCCGUGGGCAAUGUCAAGGCUUGGUGGCGGUUGUCGAAGAGUUUGGCGGAGAUGGGCCGGUACACGGAGGCCAAGACGUUCUUGUUGAAAGGCAUUGAGAUUGAGGGGAGGGUGAGCGAUGGUGUGAAGGAGUUGGUGCAGUUGUUGGAGGAUGUGGAGGCCGCGCUGCAGAGAGCUGCUUAG